AUGGCAAGCAUCGAGGCUGAAGGCCCCGAUGUUUCGGGCGAGAUCCCUCAAGUGCCGAUCAACUUCGUCCCUGCAACAGAAGGCGAGACGUUUGCUUUGGGACAGUUGACCAUCAGGAUCAUGGAGGAUGGUUCAAGGACAGACAACAGAAUCGGUACAGUUGAGUUGACUGUUCCUGCCAAUACUUCUGGUCCUCCUCCGCAUUGGCAUGAGAUGCACGAUGAGACCUUCCUGGUGACCGAAGGAACCAUCAGGUUCACCUGGUACACGACUACGGCAUCAGAACCGACCAAGACAGUUGACGCGCACGCUGGUGAUUACGUUGUCGUGCCCAUCAGAGCGCCUCACACCUUCUCCAAUCCAACGGACAAGCAGGCCAAGUUCAUCAACACUUUCACGCCAGCAUUCUACGUCAACUACUUCAAGCUCUUAGCGAAGUACAUUGGUAAUGGAAAGGUCAUGACUCCAGAGGCAAACAAGAAGGCUAUGGCUAGCUAUGCGACUAUUCCACUGCCAAAGUAA